GGCUCAACAAAGUUACAGUAGAGUAGCUACAUAGACGAAAGAAGAUGAAUUCUUGGAAGAUCCGAAGCACAGGACGAGGGUGGGCAUCCCACAAUUGUACUAUUUCGCACGAUAAGAGAUCUUAUCCGCGCAUGCCGUGCCCGAAGCCUUGUGACGAUGGUUCAUGGUGCGCUGUCACAAUUUUGAAAAUCGGACACCGUUACGUUAGUCUAGCUUCUCUCAUUCAUUCCUCGCCUCAAUCGAGCUCUCAUUCAUUCGGUGGACAUGCAUUAACUCAGUCGCCACCCUCAUUAUUCAUCAACUCCGACUUCUCCUUUGUCGUUCUACUACCACACUCGAGCUCCAUCUUUGCUAUUACUCCAAAUUAUAAUAUUAUUAGACCAUGAAGGAACCGUGGACUGACGACAGGAUCAUUGUUGUUACCGACGACGAUUUAGAGUCGGAGUAUCCAUCCGAAAAAUAUCCCUGGUUGCCUGCAUUUUUCUUCGUUUGCAUCGUCAUCUUUGCUGGAUUCGUGGUGGCAGGGAUCAUGUACUGUUCGAGAGCUCAAGAGCAAAGGAGAGAAAGCGGGAAGGAGUCCAAACGGGAGGAUCAGAACAAGAGUCUGCGCAGCAGCGUGGUUUGUCAACCAUAUUCCGCCAAGGACUUGUCGACAAACCGGUCCCUGUGCACUACCGGAGAAACGUUCUCCGACGACUCCUCCUCUCAAACCAGCGGCAGUGACGACGAAUCCGCGGCUGUCUGUGACAUUUGCAACCAAGGGUACCGUGACGAAGAACCCAUGUCCAAGUCUAACAAUCCAUCCUGCAAGCAUCGGUUUCACAAGGAUUGUGUAGACAAGUGGCUCCGCCUCCAAAAUACAUGCCCCACUUGCAAUGAACCGUUUGCUUUACAGAAUGUAUGAGGUAUCCAUCGUUCAAGCUAGCGAAAGUCUACAUGAUGCAUCCUUCCAAGAAGUUCCAAACCAUCCGACCUAUAUGUAUUGUACUACUAGAGAAGCAAUCAACCAAGAUGAAGUCAACAACAAACGGACAGGAAUGCCUUUGUUGCCGCCACCAGCGAGUCUCCUUAAGAGCUAGCUAAGGCGAAGAAGUUGGAACGACCAUCCAGCAUCCAAGUUCGGCCAUGCGUACCUUAGACUCAACCAUCCAAACCUUUGGUCUUUAAUUAAUAGAUUCAUUUUGUGUUUU